UUUAAUUUGUAAUUUUACACUUUUAUUUUUUUAAUUUACAAUAAUUCUUCUCAAAUUUAAUCCAAAUUAUGUAAAAUUAGUUCAAAUAAUACUCUUACAAAUACUUUUAAAUUGUUAUAUAAUUAUGUUUGAUACUCUAAUUAUAUUGAAAUUAAAUAAACAAAAUUUACAAAAUUGAAUAAUUGUAAGGAUAAAGUUUGUUUAAAAUCGAGGGAUUUUUAUGUUUAUUAAUUUUAAUAUUUUUUUAUCUAUUUUGAUUUGUGUGUAUCUCGAUUUAUUUUUUGGCUUUAAAUGUUUUAAAUUCCAAAUCUUCUCUUAUUGUUUAGUUAUUAGGCGUUCUGGACCUCUGUUUAACAGGAAUGUUUUAUCGUAUAUUAUUAAAUCGCAUAAUAAAUUUAACUCUUUCCCCCUGAAAGUAAAAUUCGACGAUGAUAUUAAGAAGAUUGAUUUCCCAAUUGAGCGUGAAGCUCCUUUAAAGAAUGUUCAGAUCCCGCCAUGGGCGAUUGAGUUUACUGGUAAAAAAGAGCCUGAAGAGCCUUACGUACCAAGACACUUUACACAAAAGGAAAUUGAAGCUGGGAUCGAAGAAUUCAAUGUUGAAGCUCGGAAAAAAUCAAAGACUCAACAUAUACGAAUUUCAGAUUGUGGAAUAAAAAGUUAUGGAUUCAAGUUUAAACAAGUUCAACCUGUUCGCCAUCAUAAUGGGAAGGCCUUCACCUUUUUCUACGUUCAUUCUCUCCACACCGACGUUAUUCCUGUUUUCCUCAAUAGCCUUAGACGGGUCGCAAAACGUCACCUCGGCUCUGGUCGUAUCACUGCUCUUCGCAUCCCUGGUAUGGAUAACGAGUUUUACUCGGUUGUGGGUCUUCGUGAGGACUUCUUUGAGCUUGUUCGUAACCUCCGAGGCGUUAUUUUCAAAAACGUGCCCAAAACUGCUACAUUCACCAAUCCUGUUAUCGCUACAUUGAGGCUCAAAGGACCAAUUAUAGCCGUUGCGGGCCAUUUAAAAUUUGAUAAUAAAAAAUCAUCCAAAACUAACCCUAACAGUACUGAUGAGUCUACUGAUAAGAACGCCGAUAAUACGGAUGCCAAAGUUGAAAAUGCGGAAAAUGUGAUAAAUGACUAUGUGUAUGAUAAAAAAUACACUGGUGAGAUAGAAGUGAUAAACAAGAACCAUUACAUUUGUUCCCUUUCCCAGGGCUGUUACUUAACAAUGGACGUGAAGAUUGAGUACAUUUCGAAUUAUGUAAUUCCUGAGCACGGGCCUGAAUCCCUCAAUCGCGACAUAACUCCUGACGGGUUCAUCCACUUCUGCUCAAGUGUCAAUCCCGUGGAAGUUUUUGGCUUCACUGGCGAACGUCGAGGACUUGAUGAGCAGAGCACCAGCGAGAUUGUAACUCUUGAGGUCCAUACUGAUGGUUCCGCCACACCUAGAGUAGCCCUACUCAAAAGUGCAACUUUCCUCCUCAACUGGUUUGAUCGAACUCUUUACGCUUUGAGGACUAAUUUAAGUCGAGACUUCUAUGCUCUCAAAAAAGAAAAUAUGUUCAACACCUCACCACUCAUGCUUAACCAUGAACUAAAUCGUAACUUACCUUGGAAUCCGUAUUUAUCACCUGAACAAAGAGUUGCUAACAAACUGAAGUGGUUUUACCGAAAAGACGUUAAGCGUCAGUAUCCCAUAGACCCCGAUUCGAAGAUGGCUAAGGAUGAGCAGAAGGCGGAGUGGAACAGAGUUUUGGAGGAGCAAAUGGCGUAUGAGAGGAGAAUCCCUCCAAUAUUUAGUGACGAUGAAACGGACUUUGAGGAUGAUAUUCUCAUUAAGGAGGCUGAAGAACAGGAGGAAAAGGAUAAGAAUCCGCCUGAUUGGGUCUUUAAGGAUCCCGUCGGCUUUGGAAACAUUGGACAACACAACGUCCUUGCAUUUGACAAUGAACCAGAAUUGCUUCCAGAUGAACCAUACAACUGAUUUUUACAAAUUUAACUCUACAUUAUAUACUAAACACUAUAUUGUAUACCAAACACUAUAUUGUAUAAUAAACACAUUAUAUGCCUAACACUUAUUUGUAGCAUGUGAAUAGUAUAUUAUUGAAGUAAUGUAUAAGGUUACAAUGAUCCAUUCAGCCAGCUUGAGAUCACAGGCAUAAUAAUUGUAAAGAAUUGUGAAAACGGGAGCCCAUGUACAUUUCCGUCCAACUCUACUAAUUUUGAAUUCUUCAACAAGUUAUUAAU